UGAGGCCAGGUCGCGGUGCUCGUGCUAGCAACAUGUCGUCGUUGUACUCAGGGACCUACAACCAUGCUGCCAACGCACACUCGCCUCUCAAUCGAAUGUCACAGUACUUUGAUGGAACAAUCAACAACCACGCCCAUGGAACGUUCUUCUUCGCAUCACAUUCGGCCUCACCCGGAGACUCUCCCUCGGACAGAGAGAGUCAUCUAGCUGUCGACUUGGAUCUCGACUCACUCUUUCGGAAGCUGGACAGAUAUACCGCAGAAAUGGAAGAGGUGGCCGUGAGGUUCGACCGGGAGGGGGGAAGCUCCGAUUCCAAUGUCAGGACUCGCAGCAGAUCGUCUUCACUCGACUUCGACCCCCUGUAUGCCCAUGUUUUUCGACCUUCCUUCACUCAAGGAGUUGCAGGAGAUUCCGGAACGCCGCAAUCACAGACCACGCCAGCGACAGACGACAGUGUUGAACACACAUCACAUGAUCAAAGCACGUGGCGGCGAAAUAAUGGCCGAAGUGACGAGAACAAGCUUGAUUCAGAGACAACCGACAGCCUCAGCCAACAAUCCCCUGGUGUCAGCCCAUCCACAAAGCAACCACCGUUGACAGACCCCAAACUUCACUUGUCUCUUCCCAAGAAGACACAGCGCCCAAACAGAGGGAAUACGAUGCCAGGACUGGCAGCCCCCAGAUAUCCUUCUGACGUACAGAGAAGGUUUUAUGAAGAACUGGAAUAUUCAGACGUGGAUGAUGACGAGCCAGGGCCUUCGCUUCGAACCUCAUGGGGACACCCACCACGUUCCUCAAGUAUGCCGAAUGUCACGGGGGGCUCCAAAGGGCCAAAGUCUCCAGCUUUACAGGAUAGUACCCUCCCCUCCGAAUCUGUGAAUAAAAGAAAUCCCUUUAGACAGGCUGGGUUUUGGUCGAUGCCCACUUUCGACGAUGAGCCACUGCCUCCAGUUCCCCACUUAUCACACGCAGGCUCGAUCGCAACGUUGGCCACGAGUCCUCCUACUACACCUCAAUUGCUUUACUCACCGAAAGAAGAGCAACCCAGAAGGGAGCUGGAAAGCUUUGCCGUCGUGGACAACGACGGCGCUGAGACACUGGACUCGAGGUAUAAGAGAAGAGCACCUCCAGUGCUUACUCUGGAUUACGCCGACGACAAUGUGGACUUGAAAGGCCCUGGACAAGUUCAAUCCCAUCUGAUGAGGCCAAAAGCCGCUACCGACGCACCGAAGAGUGGGCGUCUACGACGGUCCAGGAGCAUCUUGAACCUAUUUCAAAGAAAAUGCCCGGUGGAGAAGGUGAUUGACCUGUAUAUCGAAGAUGAACCGGAGGCAAAGUCCACUCGUUCGCUUUCACGAUGGGCUACACUCUCGAGGAGACAAUCCCCUACGAGGGCUAAGCGGCCGACAAUUCCAGGCCCCGCCUCUGCGAAUCCUCACUCUAAAAAGCUCUCCUUCGGCUGAAUCAGCGGGAGUGGGUGGGCUCAAAUUCGGCGACCAAGGCAGCAAAAGCGUUGAGGCCAGUGUCUUCUGCCGAUGGAGAGUCAAGCUCUCGAUCUAGCAGUCGCAUUGCGUGGGCAAGUUGUCGUUUUUGGGACGCGGCUGAGUUGUUGUGAUGGUCUUGGCUUGGCCUGGAAAACUUGUCACCACGUUCUCGGUGGUUUCCUAGUGGACCAGACGGAGGCUCAUCAGAGAUCCUCUUCAAGCUCGACCUCAAUGUAGGAUACUGUGCGAGUAAUUGCUGGAGCCUGGGAUCUUGAGACAAAGAUUCGAUAGACCGCGACCGUAGUUCCUGGGUCUGAACGUUGUCUGAAGCGAGUGCCCUUGGGGGUUCUGGUGCAUCAUGUUGAUUACACGCUUCCUUGUGGGCCUUGAAGCAUGGCAGGGAGCAGCUGAAUGCACAUGUUAGCAUGGUGGAAUGAAAUACGAAGAAUAAUGAAGAUGCUUGAC